AUUCAUAACGUCUCAUCCCGCGAACUCGUACUACAGCAAUCCGUAACAACAUUGCGGCUACGUUGAAAGUUAUUGAAGAGUUAUUACACGAAAGGAAAGAAUAAAAUACAUACGCGAAAAUGCGUUCAGGACCCUACCUCCCGACCUCAGCCGCCUACCUCAAGGAAUCCUCCCUCCUCCUACAGGCAUACCCAGAAUCUACGCGAAUAACAACAAAAUACACAUUUCCCAAGUCUUCACCCUCUACAACCAACAAAUCCAAGCCCGAAACCACACCCUCAACACAAUCGACCUCAACCCCAGCAGUUCCAAUCGCAACGCUCGUAUUAAAAACAUACAAUCCCGAAGCUGGGAUAUGUUUGAAAUACCGGACAAAUAAAGCCGCUGAGGUGGGGCGGCUGAUUACAGCGCUGGGAUUGUUGGCUGGGGGUGCAGACAUGGCGAGCUUGGAUGGACCAGUUUCUGCUACGAUUACAGGGGGCGAUGUGGAGAUGGGGGGUACCAACGGUGUUGGUGAGGAAGUUGUGGCUACGGCAGCGAGUACAGGUGCGAAUACGGGUGCAGGUGUUGGGAAAGGAAAGGGCAAGGGAAAGAAGAAGGGGAAGAAAUGA